AUGCUGCAGGUGGAGGCGGCGCUGGCGGCGGUGCUGUCCGCGGCGGCGAGCCACGCGGCGCCGCGCGCCGUGCCGCUGCACGACGCGGUCGGGCUCGUCCUCGCGGAGGACGUCCGCGCGCCCGACCCGCUCCCUCCCUUCCGCGCCUCCAUCAAGGAUGGAUACGCCGUCGUUGCCGCCGACGGGCCAGGGGAGUACCCGGUGGUCACAGAGUCGAGGGCGGGCGACGACGCCCUCGGCGUGGUCGUCGCCCCGGCACGGUCGCCUACGUCACCACCGGAGGGCCGAUUCCCGAUGGCGCCGACGCCGUCGUGCAAGUGGAGGACAUCGAACAGGUCCCCGGCGGAGCGGAUGGGGCCAAGAGGGUUAGGAUUCUGGCGCGGGCCGCCGAGGGGCAGGACAUCCGCAAUGUGGAUUCCGUUGUUGGAAGCAACCACCUUCCUGCAGUCAUCAGCAGUGUAUACAGUUCUUUCUCCAGAGAAUUCGACACUGUUCAAUUUACUGUGGAAUUCACUUGCUUUUGCACAUUGCUUAAAAGGAUGUGACAUAGAGAAGGAUUCGAUAGUGCUUAACUCUGGCGAGCAUAUAGGUCCUGCAGAAAUUGGGCUACUUGCAACAGUGGGUGUAACCACUGUCAAGGUGUACCCUCGACCAACCAUCGCUGUAUUCUCCACAGGGGAUGAGCUAGUGCAGCCAGCCACUGCCACCCUCGGUCAUGGUCAGAUUCGUGAUUCCAACCGAGCCAUGCUUCUAGCUGCUGCUGUUCAGCAGAAAUGCAAAGUGGUUGACCUGGGUAUUGCAGAAGACACUGAAGAAAGUCUCAAGGAGCAUAUGGAUGCAGCUUUGCGUUCUGAUGCUGAUAUAAUCAUUACUUCUGGUGGUGUUUCCAUGGGCGACAGAGAUCUUGUCAAACCUUGCCUGGCAAAGAUGGGUAAAAUUCACUUUGAGAAGAUCCGGAUGAAACCAGGAAAGCCAUUAACAUUUGCUGAGAUCACAACACAAGACACGCCAAAGCCAUCUAAAACAGUUCUUGCAUUUGGUUUGCCUGGAAAUCCAGUGAGCUGUAUGGUUUGCUUCAAUCUUUUUGUUGUUCCUGCAAUUCGUCUCCUCUCUGGCUGGUCAAAUCCUAAUCUGCAAAGGGUGCAUGUAUGCCUAUCACAUCCUUUAAGAGCAGACUCACAUCGUACAGAGUUUCACCGUGCAGUAAUUAGAUGGGUGCUUGAUGAUGGAUCUGGUCGACCUGGUUUUGUUGCUGAGAGCACUGGCCAUCAGGCUAGUAGCCGCCUCCUUAGUAUGAAAUCUGCUAAUGCUCUGCUGGAAGUACCAUCCACUGGACAAAUAUUGGCAGCUGGGACAUCUAUCCAAGCCAUACUUAUUUCAGACAUAAUAACUUCUCCUUUAGACAAACUGCCUGCUCCCUCAAAUCCGCAUCCACCUCAUUGUGGUCCUUCUGCAAAAAGUAUUUCCACAGAUGUAUCUCAGAUUGCAUCUCCACAGGAUGCUGAAGUUAAAGUUGCAAUUCUGACUGUAAGUGACACUGUUUCAUCAGGUGCUGGCCCUGAUAGGAGUGGCCCAAGAGCUGUAUCUGUAGUGAAUUCUUCAUCAGAGAAACUGGGUGGUGCAACUGUGGUUGCCACUGCAGUUGUUCCUGAUGAAGUGGACAAGAUCAAGGGCAUUCUGAUACAAUGGAGUGAUAUUGACCAUGUUAACCUCAUUCUGACAUUAGGUGGGACUGGCUUCACACCCAGGGAUGUCACACCAGAAGCAACAAAAUCUGUGAUACAGAAAGAAGCGCCUGGUCUGACAUUUGUUAUGCUUCAAGAAAGUUUGAAGAUUACACCAUUCGCAAUGCUAUCCCGGGCCACAGCUGGAAUCAGAGGAUCGACACUAAUCAUCAACAUGCCUGGCAACCCAAAUGCUGUGGCAGAGUGCCUGGAAGCACUCCUCCCGGCGCUCAAGCACGCCCUGAAGCAGAUCAAGGGUGACAAGAGGGAGAAGCACCCUCGCCAUACCCCACACGCCGCAGCAGCACCUGUGGACCAGUGGGAGCGGAGCUUCAGAGCCGCAUCAGCUGGUAGUGGCAGGGGGUGCUCGUGUGAUCCCUGA